UUGAGCUAGUUCUCUGCCUUUCUUCACACUUUUUCUCCUUCGAGGAUUUUAUCUAAUGAACUGUCAGUGGUUAUGUGACAAGUGCCUUCGAUUAAGCAAAUUCAUCAAAGACGUCGAAUAAUGGCUUCUAAAAACCGAUCAAAUGUGGAAUUGUUUGAUUAUUUCAAAAAUAAAAAGUGGAUUUCGGAAGAUGGAAAAGAGAUGAGUGCAGUAACAUGUAAUCUGUGCAACGAUCCUGAAAGAACAAUUAAAUGUUCCGCCAAAUGGAAUUUGAAACGGCACAUUAUUCUCAAGCACAAGGACAAGGCAAUAGAACUUGGUUUUCAGGAGGAAGCUGUGUGCUCCGAUUCUUCAAUAUCGUUAACAACUGCUCCAGGAACUAAGAAGAGAGUUUCUUUUACAGUAGAUCCGAAUCGCUACAUAAUGAAUUUGGUGCAAUGGGUAACAGUUGGCAACGUACCUCUUCAGUUUUUCAAUCUGGAAUGCGUUCAGGAAGUUCUCCAUCCGAUUCACGAUUCAUUGAAAAUUGGUCAUAUGAAUCGUCAUAACGUUAUCCAGUACAUUCACGAGGUUACUACAAAACUAGUAAAAUUCAUUUCCUUGGAGUUGAAUGGAAAGCAAAUUUCGAUUAAAGCAGAUAUUGCCUCACGAAAGGGUAGAACAAUACUCGGAAUCAAUGCACAAUUUAUUAAGCAAGGUCAAAUUGUCGUUCGUACAUUGGUUAUGUGCGAAAGAUUCGACAGGAACACGGCUGAGAACAUCAUGGAAGAAGUUUUGAAAGCGCUGUCGACAUUCGGCGUCGAAUUGGCCCAAGUGUAUAGUAUCACUACUGACAAUGGCAGCAACAUGCUGAAAGCCUCAAAACUUCUCCGGAACUGCCAGGAGCUUAACGAUAACAUCAUGGAUGAAUGUGAGGAUAUCGAUGCCAAUAAAAGUUACUUGGAUACUGUACAAGAUGACAUAACGGACAUUGAUGACGAACUCUCAGAAAGGUAAGUGAAUAUUUGUAGCGGUGGUCUAAUAUAUUUGACUUAUUGCUUAUACUUGAAAAUUUAGCGAAAACUCUUCAACUGAUACAUCCGAUUCCGAGAUGCACUGGGACGAUGAAUUUCAACUGCAAGAGAUCCAAGAUGAACUUCCAGUAAUAGAAAAGGCAAGUCUCAUAGGAAUAAGGUGCGCGGCACAUACAGUACAACUUUCAGUGUUAGACGUUUUGAGAAAGGAUUCGCUUGCCAAAUUCCUGAAGAAAAUCCGGAAGCUUGUGAAAAUUUUGAGAGCCCAGCCGUAUGGCAACUCAUUCAAGCUUGACAAAUCGAGGAAACUUCCGUUUCUUGAUGGUGACACGCGCUGGGGCUCAUCUUACUUGAUGGUUGAUUGUCUUCUACAGCAGCAAGA